UUGUAGAAAUUAAUUAAAAUUGAUAAUAUUAUAAUCCACCUGGGUUUUCUGAAAUAAUACUCAUUAGGCUGCAGCACUGACACGUUAUGUCCACCACAAAAUAUUAUAUAGACAAUAAUAGUCUAAUUUUCUAUCUUUUAAUGAAAAUAUAUACUACACUUUAACUUAGUAUUAACUCAGAAUCGAAAUGCCACAAAGUUGUGCAGUUCCUACGUGCUCUACGAAAACGGGAGGUCAUAAGUUUCCUAAGGAUGAAAUACGUUUAAAACAAUGGCUUGUGGCUAUUCGUAGAGAACGUUACACGCCUUCGUAUUAUAGUCGUGUAUGUAAAGAUCACUUCACUAAAGAUGAUUACGAACUCCCUAAAGAGUCGUACUUAGUAAAACCCAGGCUAGCAUUAAAAAAAGAUGCAGUCCCAAGUAGAUUUCCAUGGAAUGAAGUAACCAAUGAAGGCAAGAAAAGAAAACGACAACUACAUGGUUUGGACGGCGACACCGGAAAGCAAGAAAAUAUAGAGAAAACAAGUAUAUAUACACCUAUUAAUACAAAUGAUAUCAUUUGCGGAAUGCUAGCUUUCGACUGUGAAGGAAAUGAUCAACAAAAAAUGGUAAAAAAAAUGCAAAGACAACAAGAUAAAAGUUGUGAAGUCAAUACUCCAACUACCACUGAUAAGAUGGAUACUUUUGACCAGAACUCACCAAAAAGCCAAAGACCUAACGAAAUAACUUCAAUGAAAAUAGAGAAAGAAGAAAAUCCAUCAGAUCACAAUGAACUUGAUUCAUUACAUCCACCUAAACCUAGAAUAGAAAUUGAAGUAGAAGUGGAUCCGCAAAAUCUUGGAAUUGUCAAGUAUCAAGAAUAUGAAACAUCAGUUAAAAUCGAGCCACAUAGUCCCAGAAAAGAGGACGCCGAAACCACGCCGACCGCCGACAGUCAGAGCGACGAGACACAAAAGUCAAAAUGUACACUCUGUGAUCGUGACUUCGAAAGCGAGGGACAAUUGAGAACUCAUCAGACAAAGUGCGCCGCGUCGUUCAUGUGCAAACUCUGUUUAAGACAUUUCGAUACCCUGAGCCAUCUGACGAUGCAUAUUCUGACGGCGAAGUCGCAUAUACCCGUGUCAUCUACACCGAAACCGCCGGCCUAAUUGAACUAGACCGCUUCUACUGGUUAAUGUCAAUGACGAUGUUCUUUAAUGGGCACGAAAAUAUUUGUCGGAUUAUUCCGACCUUGGCGGUUAAAGGGUUAAAAGUUUGACGAACUUCUCGGUUAGUUUCUCUAGCAACCGAUUCUGUUGGCGAUCGUGCAUGAACAAAAUUCUAUGUUGCCUUUCAACAAUGAGAAGCAACUAAAUGUGAGUGAAUGGCUUCGAAUUUCGACACACGUUCCAUAAUCCACGGACAUCGCAAUGCACGACGGACAUCGAUAUGCUACUUGAAGCACCAUAUUCAUUGCGCGCCAAAUGUUGCCUUCUAUAUACAAGGC